GCUUAAAUUAAAUUCCCAAUUGCAUGAAUCGUACGAUUCCCCAAACACCCCCUUAUAUAUAUAGUCCAUUUCGACAAUAUUGCACAAAAAUUAAUUCCACCCAAAAAAAUCUCUCCUCAUUCAUCUUGAUUUCUCUCCCUCUGAAAAUUCUUCUUCAUUUUCCACAUCCAAAAUGGCCGACCAUAUUGACAAGCCUUCUCAUCUUGAGAAUCAAGAUCAACAGAAAGCAUCUGUAAGAGAAGUGGAAGUUCAUCAUCAUCAUCAUAUUCAUCAAGAGCAAGAUGAAGAAUCCAUUUCUCUAAGUGGGCUCGUCUUAAACUCCGACGAAGUCGAAUUCCAAGGCCGGCGUAGGUCUUCUUCCUCCGCCGAUCUCUCCGAGGUUUUCGAGUUCCUCAGCGACGGUAAAGAUUCAGAGAUGUCUCAUGCGGAAGACAUCAUUGUCGCCGGCAAACUCAUCCCUUAUAAAGAACGCCGCCCUCAUCAAAACCUAUCAAACACUCAGAAGAGCUUCCAUAGCCGGCGAUCGGAAUCCCUAAAUGACCUGAAAAUUAGCCGGCCGAUGAGUGCUAAGGAACACCAUCAGCUCAUGAGGAAUAGCCGAUCUCUAGACUACCAGAAGUUGUACGGAAAUCCGGGUUCCAUGAGGUGGCCGGAAAAGUCGGAGACUACUAGAAGUUCAUCCACUAAGAGCUGCGGCGCCGCCGCCGCCGCCGCCGCCGUUAGUCCGGUAACUAGGCCGUCAAAGUGGUACAUGUUAUUUGGACUAGGAAAAUUUCCACUUGAGAUGGAUUUCCAAGAUAUGAAGAACCGGCAAGCGGCACGCCGGAAUAAUAAUAAUAAUAACACUAAUAUUAUUAUUCCGGUGGCCGGAGACGGAAAGGCGUUAGUGAACCGGGUUGAUCGCCGGCGGUGCUCAAGUUCUAGUUGGGACCUUCUCAGAGUGUUAAGUUGUAAAGACCAUGCAAGCGUUGCGGUAACGUCGCCAUUUGGUCGCCUCCAAGAAAUUUGACCAAGUCUUUCUUCCCACUGUGACAUAUAUGCCCCUGUAGAAUUUGGGACGGGGGUUGAUCGAAUGAAGGGUACGAUGGGGUUUUUGUGACUUCGCUUGGAAGAUAAGGGAAAAUUAUUAUUGUUCAUGAUGAGACAAAAUCAAUAUUGUUCGAGUGAUAUUGAUGAUGAUGUAUUUAAUGUUUAUUUAUUUAUUUUAAUGGUGUGAUGAAGAAUUUGUCUUGCCGUGCAUGAAAUGGGGCCAUUUGGGUGUAAUUUAAUGGAGAUCACGAGGGUCCCGAGAGGCCGAUAUGAUGAUGGAUGAUAUGAGAAAAAAAUUCUAUUCUAUGUUUUGUGUUGUUUGGUAAGAACUUUUUGAGAAAAUAAUUUGAUCUUAGCUUAGAUUUGUGAGUCCGUAUCUAGUGCACCCGGAUAUACUGUAUAUCUCCACCAAACAUACGCAUUACACGUGC